CCGCGGCCCCCGGCGCCCCCCGGCCCGAGCCCCCGCGCGCGCCGCGCGCCCCGCUGCCGGACCUCUUCCCCUUCGGCGCCAUGCGCGGGGGCGGCUUCGGGGACCGCGACCGGGACCGCGACCGCGGCGGAUUUGGAGCAAGAGGUGGCGGUGGCCUUGCCUUGAAGAAAUUUGGUAAUCCUGGAGAGCGGUUGCGUAAAAAGAAGUGGGAUUUGAGCGAGCUCCCUAAAUUUGAGAAGAAUUUUUAUGUGGAACAUCCAGAAGUGGCAAGGCUGACACCAUAUGAAGUUGAUGAACUACGUCGAAAAAAAGAGAUUACAGUGCGAGGGGGUGAUGUGUGUCCCAAGCCUGUUUUUGCCUUCCAUCAUGCUAACUUCCCACAGUAUGUCAUGGAUGUGCUGAUGGAUCAACACUUCACAGAACCAACUCCGAUUCAGUGCCAGGGAUUUCCUUUGGCUCUUAGUGGCCGGGAUAUGGUGGGCAUUGCUCAGACUGGCUCUGGGAAGACAUUGGCGUAUUUGCUUCCUGCAAUUGUUCAUAUUAACCACCAGCCAUACUUGGAAAGGGGAGAUGGCCCAAUCUGUCUGGUUUUGGCUCCAACCAGAGAGCUUGCCCAGCAAGUCCAGCAGGUGGCUGAUGACUAUGGCAAGUGCUCUAGAUUGAAGAGCACAUGCAUUUAUGGAGGUGCUCCCAAGGGCCCCCAAAUUCGAGACUUGGAAAGAGGUGUGGAAAUUUGUAUAGCUACUCCUGGACGCCUGAUAGAUUUCCUGGAGUCAGGAAAGACAAAUCUUCGUCGAUGCACUUACCUUGUACUGGAUGAGGCUGACAGAAUGCUCGAUAUGGGUUUUGAGCCUCAGAUCCGUAAAAUUGUUGACCAAAUCAGGCCCGAUAGGCAGACAUUGAUGUGGAGUGCUACCUGGCCAAAAGAAGUACGGCAGCUGGCGGAGGAUUUCCUUCGUGAUUAUACCCAGAUCAAUGUGGGCAACCUGGAGCUGAGUGCCAACCACAAUAUCCUCCAGAUUGUGGACGUCUGCAUGGAGAGCGAGAAGGACCACAAGUUGAUCCAACUCAUGGAGGAAAUAAUGGCUGAGAAAGAAAAUAAGACAAUAAUAUUUGUGGAGACAAAGAGACGCUGUGAUGACCUCACCCGCAGGAUGCGCAGAGAUGGCUGGCCAGCUAUGUGUAUUCAUGGAGAUAAGAGUCAACCAGAACGAGAUUGGGUGCUUAAUGAGUUCCGUUCUGGAAAGGCUCCCAUCCUCAUUGCCACAGACGUAGCCUCCCGAGGGCUAGAUGUGGAAGACGUCAAGUUUGUCAUCAACUAUGACUAUCCAAACAGCUCUGAAGAUUACGUGCAUCGGAUUGGCCGAACAGCUCGUAGCACCAACAAGGGCACUGCUUAUACCUUCUUCACUCCGGGGAAUCUCAAGCAGGCCCGAGAGCUGAUCAAAGUGCUGGAGGAGGCCAACCAGGCCAUCAACCCAAAGCUCAUGCAACUGGUGGACCACAGAGGCGGAGGCGGCGGAGGGGGAGGUCGUUCCCGGUAUCGGACCACUUCUUCGGCCAAUAAUCCCAAUCUGAUGUAUCAGGAUGAGUGUGACCGGAGACUUCGAGGAGUCAAGGAUGGUGGCCGGAGAGACUCAGCAAGCUAUCGAGAUCGCAGUGAAACCGAUAGAGCGGGUUAUGCUAACGGCAGUGGCUAUGGAAGUCCCAACUCUGCCUUUGGUGCCCAGGCUGGCCAGUAUACCUAUGGGCAAGGCACCUAUGGGGCCGCCGCCUACGGUACCAGUGGCUAUACAGCCCAGGAGUACGGGGCUGGCACUUACGGGGCCAGCAGCACCGCCUCAACAGGGAGAAGUUCACAGAGCUCUAGCCAGCAGUUCAGUGGGCUCGGCCGGUCCGGCCAGCAGCCACAGCCUCUCAUGUCCCAGCAGUUUGCUCAACCCCCAGGAGCCACCAGCAUGAUAAAUUACAUGGGGCAGACAGCCUACCAGUACCCGCCACCCCCGCCACCACCACCCCCCUCCCGCAAGUGAGGCACAGAUAAACUCCUUCCCUUCCUUUUUCUUUCUCCUUCCCUAACUGCUGUGAUUUGUCUUUCAUGCAGAUUAGUUAGAUUUCACUGCCAGAUUUCUUCUGCCCGCCAAAAUGAUCCAGUCUGUCGUAACAGAUUUUGUAAAAAAAAUAUAUCUAUAUAUAUAUAGCUGACUGGAAGAGUUUUUCCCUUCCCAAACUUACUGCAUGUUGAGGAUAUUUGAGCUAUUUUUCAUCAAAAAAAAAAAAGGAUAAGUAAGGUAUUGGCCCUUUGGUGAGAGCCUAAUUUUUUUUUUUUGGUUAUUCUAGGGAGUGGGGUGGGGGUGGGAGAGCUCUGCAGGAACUGGUGGCAGCUGCUUUACUUCACUCAGCACUGACUUAGGGAACCCAGAGGGAUCCCCAUUGUUGAGGUUCCCCUUUGCUUCUCGGGCUGGGACAAUUUCUCAGCCAGAAGUUAAGACCAUGCAUUGCCAUUGUCAUUUUGGCUGAUAGUGUGUUCGAUGCUUUUUUUGUUCUUGAUUGAUUUCAUCCCCUUGUUCCCCUUCCACAUGCCUCCCCUCACGCCCCCUAUAAAAAUAGCUUAGUGUCAGGUUAGAAGUUGGAUUGCUGAGUCUGCGUUUUUUGUUUUUUUUUUUUAACUAUAUCUUUAAAAAUCCCCAGUGUUGGUUGCAAUGGUUAAGUGUAGCCUCUCAGCAUCUGGCCAGAAUCUGCCUCUUUUUUGUCCUCAUAUAACCAGGGCCCGUCUGCAACCUCCAUUUCCAACCAGACGGCUGCUGUGAGCAGAAGGAACAUCAGUGUUCACGGGAACUUCCUUUAUUAACCAGUUAGUAUGCAUUCACUUCCAGUGUAAAGAUCCACCUUGAAUUAUAAACAGAAUAGAUUCAAUGGGCAAGUUUUUUUUUAAACUCUGUAUUUGUAGCGCUAGAAUGAAAGUUAACUCCUUGCCAGCUACUCAGCCCUUUUGGCCAUAUUAUCUUCAAACAAAUCUUAAGGGUUUCUUAGAACUCUCCUCGCGCUCUGUUCUGCAAUACUUUUAACAAAAAGCUUCAGGAUGUCCUCAGCAUCCUUUUGCACUCAGCUUUUUACAGGUAGGUAGUGCUUAAGGGAAGUUAGUAAUACAGGCCUAAAGCCUAAGUAAGUCCUUUGACUUACUUGUCCCUCCAUCUGAAGGUAGGUGAGUUUGUCCCGUUCAUAGUAACCCUGUUUCAUGUCCUGGGGCUUCUGGAGCAGGUGGGCCUGGAAAGGUUUUCUGCUCUUGUGUUCCCCAGAGCACUGGACUGCUCUGGGACGAGCCCUCCCCCGGGUCCAGUCGCACUGCUCUGCCCCUCCGUAUAGUCCAAGACUCCAAUGCACUCUGGCUGCGGCCCGAGAGCUGUUCUUUGUUUUUUCCUUCGGAAACUCCAGGGAGAGAGAAGGAAGGGAUUGUGUCUGGGCUCUGAGUGGCUGGCGGUCAGCAUACAGGUAGGUUGUCCACAGUUUGAUGUUCAUGCAUGUCAGAGCUUGGAUAUCCUUUCUUCCCCCUCCCCCCACUUUUUAACAGCUUUUCUUUUUAAGCCCCCCCCCCCCCCAUAUUGAAGUUGAGGUUGAGGGAGGAUGGUAGGCACAUGCAAAACUGCUGUCCUCAGACCCUCCCGCCAAAUUCGUUUUGGUCUAAGCAUUCACUGGUUCAUGGUUUUAAAAGAUUCCCAUACCAAAACUUGGUUGGUGGUUUUUGGGCGGUUUCUUUUUCUUAACUAACCCACAGGGGUGCCACUACAAGGAGCACCUGUUCUCAGAUGUUGGCCAGUAGUGUGUUGGUUUGUGCCGACUUCCUUUUUCUACCAACUCCAAGUCCCAAUGGUCCUCACCCCACGCCCAGCUGAAAUCUGGCGGCUUUUCCUGUACAGCUCGAGAGUAACUUUCUACCUCCACGUGUCACUCAGAAUCCAGGGCUGCUCCGGCUGCACCAUCGAGCACCAGAGUCCUCGUUGGAUGCUCGUUGGCGCAGCCUUGGCCGAACCACACAUAGGGACAGGAUCUCAGUAUUAAGCUCUGGGGCGCUCCCCACCCUAACAGUUGUGUGGACUUCCUCCUCAUCUGAAAGGUUGGUGGCUUCGCUGGGGGUCAGAGCUCUCUCGUAUGUCCUUGCUGGUCUCUGAACACAUUCCUGGCGCGUCAGACUUGAAAGAUUGUGGCUGUGAUGUCGGGGCACGCAAUGCUAAGAGCUAUGUUACUCUUCUUAGUUUGUAAAUUGUCCUUUUGAUACCAUCUUGUUUUCUUUUGUAGGUAUAAAUAAAACACUGUUGACAAUA